UUGAAAUUCCAAUGCUAACCAACUUUAGCCAGCUUGCUAACAUGUAAUUGAGCGAAUGUGAGGAACUACACAUACGGAGCUGUUCUGGAUUUAAAUGCACAAAUAAUAUUUCAUUUCCAGUUGAGGGAAAUUUCAAAAUUCGCCUUGAUGUUUGCUACUGCGCGUGUCUCCGUUACUGCAACCAGGACAUGUCCAGUUAGCCAGAACGCAGCAAUCGGUGGAUAACGAACCUGGCAAGCUAGCCAGCCAGCCAGCCCGUUUGGACUGGGUCUGCGUUGAGGGAUUUGAACAGGUUUCAUCGCCGAAGAGGACCGUAAAGCCGGAUGCUGAGACUACCAUGAGUCCCGCAGGCUGCCCCCAUGUCAGUGGCUUCAAAGUGGACAACUGGAAGCAGAACCUGAGGGUUAUCUAUCAGUGUUUCGUGUGGAGCGGUUCAGCCGAGACCAGAAAACGAAAGGCCAAGUCAUGUAUCUGCCACAUGUGCGGCGCCCACCUGAACAGACUCCACUCCUGCCUCUACUGCGUCUUCUUCGCCUGCUUUGCCAAAAAACACAUCCACGAACACGCCAAGAGCAAAAGGCAUAACCUAGCUAUUGACCUGCUGUAUGGAGGAAUUUACUGCUUUAUGUGCCAAGACUACAUUUAUGACAAAGACAUGGAACAGAUUGCCAAAGAGGAACAAAGGAAAGCCUGGAAAAUGCAAGGCAUAGGGGAGAAGUACUCAACAUGGGAGCCCACCAAGAGGGAGCUGGAGCUGCUCCGCCACAACCCCAAGAGGAGGAGAAUCACAUCCAACUGUACUAUCGGCCUGCGUGGUCUGAUAAACCUGGGCAACACGUGCUUCAUGAACUGCAUUGUCCAGGCGCUGACACACACUCCACUGUUGCGUGACUUCUUCCUGUCCGACCGACACAAAUGCGAGAUGCAGAGCAACUCCUGCUUAGUGUGUGAGAUGUCUCAGCUCUUCCAGGAGUUCUACUCAGGCCAUCGCUCGCCUCACAUCCCGUUCCGCCUCCUCCACCUGGUGUGGACCCACGCCCGUCACCUGGCCGGUUACGAGCAGCAAGAUGCCCACGAGUUCCUCAUUGCGGCGCUGGACGUCCUGCACAGGCACUGCAAAGACGACAACGGGAAGAAAGCCAACAACCCAAACCACUGUAACUGCAUCAUUGACCAAAUCUUCACAGGGGGCCUGCAGUCUGACGUCACCUGUCAAGUCUGCCAUGGUGUUUCAACAACCAUAGACCCGUUCUGGGACAUCAGCCUUGAUCUGCCUGGAUCCUCCACACCGUUCUGGCCCCUCAGCCCCGGAGGAGAUGGAUCAGCACUUAACGGAGAGAGUCACACCACUGGAGCCACAACGCUCACAGACUGUCUGCGCAGGUUCACCAGACCAGAGCACCUCGGCAGCAGCGCUAAGAUCAAGUGCAGCGGUUGCCAUAGUUACCAGGAGUCCACCAAGCAGCUGACCAUGAAGAAGCUGCCCAUCGUGGCCUGUUUUCACCUCAAAAGGUUUGAGCAUUCAGCCAAACUGCGGCGGAAGAUCACAACUUAUGUCUCCUUCCCACUGGAGCUGGACAUGACCCCCUUCAUGGCCUCCAGUAAAGAGAGCAGGAUGAACGGGCAGUACCAGCAGACCGUGGACCCCUUCAACAACGACAACAAGUAUAGUCUAUUUGCUGUGGUGAACCACCAGGGGACACUAGAGAGCGGCCAUUACACCACCUUCAUCCGGCAGCACAAGGACCAGUGGUUCAAAUGUGACGACGCCAUCAUCACCAAGGCCAGCAUCAAGGACGUACUGGACAGUGAAGGGUACCUUUUGUUUUACCACAAACAGUUCCUGGAGUACGAAUAGUCCCCUCCAUCAGCGCAGCCCGCAGGAGGAGACGAGGGAUGAUGCAAGGAGCGGUUGCAUGGGAACAGGUAACAGAGUGAUCAGAGAGGCAAGGAAACACGAGCCUACCUGAAUCAUUCAAAGACGCAACUCUCACUCUUAACAUGGAACCACCCUCACUACACGCUAAUCUAGUUCCUCUGUACGACAUUCAAGAAGUGAACUGUCUCUUGUGCGGGAGAGAGCAAAAACAUGCAAGAACCAAACAAAAUGCAGGAAAUGUGGAAGGGAGAUUGGUUUGGGGCGCUGAAGGAAUAUCGAAUACUUGCAAAAGUUUUUCACUGGAAUUCAGGGGAUAAAGACGAAAACAGCUGUGAUAAUCUGCUAGAAGAAAGAAACUACUGCGAGAUCAGUCUGUCUUUGGUUUCACAUAACAGAGGAAUAGACAGAAGGGAAGAAGGGUUUUUUUUUCUUUUUUCUUUAAAACCUUAAUUUAUCUGGGGAAGAUUUCCGUGAUCACAAAUGCUGUUCUUCACCAGUGUCCUGCUUCAUGCUUGCACAGCUGCAUAUUAACCACCAGAGGGUGCUAAGAAAUAGAGCCGCAAACUUCCACUAGGGUUCAGGGCUCUGCUUUAGCAAAGGAAAUGAAUUUAAUUUUUUUUUCUUUUUCUUUUUUUUUUUUUCUACUUUACCUGAAAGAUUUCAAACGGGCAACUUUCUGGACACGAACACACUUGUCCAACACACCCACACUCCUUCUAGUGACCAAAUAUUUCAAAGAUGGAAGUUCUCUUAUUAUGCAUUUUUGUUCUGAAUACAGAGAGACGAGAGGAAAAAAAAAAAAAAAGAACUCACCGGACAAAAUGGUAUUAUGGACUUUGUAUAGAGAGACAGCUUAUUCCAUUCAUUACUCGUGA